AUGCCAGGUCAUGUUGCACAGAUGCAAAGACUUUUCCAAACAGCAAAAGCAUCCCUGCGACUUGACGUUCGAUAUGCCGUCUCACCAAACGGUGCUAUUGACUCCAGGCUCCCCUCAACUCCCGAAGAGGGUAGUACUGAGAGGAUCGAUCUUUCGGUCACGUCCAAGGAGCAGGGUUCAGAGACCCCUUCUCAGGAAUGGAGAUAUUCCCGGGCUCCAAGGUUGCUUGCUGAGUCAGAUGUGGAUGUUAGGGAGCCUUUCCCAGAUGCAUCUCCCCAGUUACCGGCCAUACACUUCCUCAACGAGGAUCAGAAUAGCAUGUCAGUUGCUGAACCACCAAGCAGCGGCUUUACUUCGCAUGUGGACCAUACAGCCAUUUCUUGCCGGGAGACGGAUGAGGACUUUCUGCCCUCCUCACCGCAGCAGCUGAGUACGAGUGACCAUAUUGAUGGACAAGAUGAUUCCUCAUCCGCGGCUGCGCUUGAGGGACCUCUGACGGAACUACGAGUAACCGGCGAUGAUGAUAUGGACGUUGACCUUGCAGAUGAGUCGCCUCUUGUCAAUCAUCUCAAUCGCCGGUCCCGAAAUACAGUUGUUGAUCCACAGCCAUCUCCCGGGAAAGAGCGGAUGAUCAUGUUAUCUGCUCCGGCAAAAGCAGCGGCGGACUCGGCAAGGGUCAAGCGAGGGAUGUUAAGCGGUCUGUUUCCCAAGCCUCCAACGCGCAAUGAAGGUGAUGCGCCCCUGUCGUCUCCAAGAUCGCAGCAGUCCCGCGAGCGUGCCGCUACGCCAUGUCCAGAUCCUCUGCUUCAUGAACGAGGACCUGUGGUCCUUUGCCCAGAUCCAGGAUUGCACUAUGGGUCGUGUACGCCGAGCACAUUCGGUUACAGUAACGUGACCCCAAGUCCUAACAUGCAGUCUCAUCACAGCCAUCGGCACGAUCCCCAUCAAGGCAUUCCCCAAACUUUGCUGCCCUUCAACCGGGCCACAGCAACUGGUAGUCCGGUGCCAAUGUUGAAGGUCAAGUCACCCCCACCUUCGCCUGGACAGAUAAGGCCUCAUCAUCGCGAUGCUCAUGAUGCAUGGCACAGUGCUCCACAUGGCAGCCAUGGUCAACAGCCGCAUCGCCACCGCGACCUGUUGAACAGAGACCGCCCACGUACCGCUGCCGAAAACUUUCGACCAGGUUGGUACUAUGCAAGAGAUAACGCACAAACGUCCAUGCCACCAGGCCCGGCAAUGUAUUCCUUCUCAACAGCUGCUGCCAAAGUAGACGGACAAGACCCAGCGCCUGAUUCGAGGAUCCGGGACUCAUACAGGACUGAUACUCUGACCCCGCUGGCUAGGCCUCCUACCCGUUUUCGAAAGAACGGAAUGGUCGCCCUGGCCAGUGCUCGCGGUGUUGGCAAAUACUACGGAACACCUGCUUACGGACCCAGACCGCCCAGUCGAUCCCACCACCCAAGGCCAGUGCAACUACAUGGUUCCCAGAUGUUCCGAAGCAGUCCUCCGAGAUCGUCCCCAGACUCUAUUCCACAUCCGCAUUUAAGAAAACGCUCGCGGGAGGUCGAAUCGCCCACAAUCGAGAUUUUGGAGGACGAGCCCCUGGACCCGAAGCUAAGACUGGAAGAAGGGGAUGAGGUAAUUGAGGUCGAUGACGAGACAAGAGCUGCCGUCCGCAUGAGUCUGUAUGGUGCCCCUGCUCCAAUUACGCCCAGUGAGGCUGGGAGAGGCUUCAAGGAGCUGAGUCCAAACGUCGUGGCCUGGAGGAAAGGCACCCGCCCUCCAGGAAGCAGAAAGAAGAGACGGCCAAGCUAUUGGGAUGGUGAUCUCGAAGAAGUCGUGCGAAGUCCAGCAGCAAGACAUGUCGUCAGUUCGCCCGUCAAGAAGGAUGACGUGAAGUCUCAGCAGGCAGAGGUGGAAUUCCACGAGGACUCGCCAACCAAGGAGAUGAUAAUAGAUGACGAACCGGAUGCCUUCCCAAGAAUGGCAGACGAAGGUGCGGUCCUGCGGGACAACGUGCAGAUGGUGAGUUAG